AUGGAUGAGAACAAUAAGGGCUACAUGACAAUUAAUGACUGGUUCCACUUCAACAAUCUUUUGGAAAAUGAUAAUUUCCAUCUCAUUAUGCUAUUUGAGUUCUUCAGGAAGUUUGAUGUUGCAAGAAUAAAGGCUCGAAAAAAAUUGAUGGAAGGGCAAAGGCGGUUGGGGACUCUAUCAUCUUCACGUAUAAGUGUUGAUGAUAUUCGAAUCAAGUCGAUCAACUACGCUAGCAAGUCCCUGAGCUUCGAUGAGCUACUGUUGAAUAUCAAUCAGUUCAAGGAGACGAUUAACCUUCUGCAUGAUAGUGUACAGGACGAUUUCAUACAAAAAAAUAACCUCUUUCUGGAUUGGAAUGAAUUCAAGUUUCUUAAAUUUUAUGAAUCAUACCCAUUUGGCCAGAAAGAGGGUCCUCAUCUGAGUUUGAACUCUAUCGUAACAAUUCUGCAAAAUGACCUGAAAAAUGAGAAGUUAUUUGUGGGAUUUGAUAGGUUAUCUCAUAUCGAUCCAAAUAAGGACUGUCUGACACUGAACAAGAAUCAACUUGUCUACCUUUUGAAGUUGUUUUAUUCGCAUAGGAUUUCGGCAGAUGUUUUUGAAUCUCUUAAUCUCACCAAUACCACACUAAUUAAAUCCAAUAACACCUCAAUUGCCUUCAAUGUCUUCAAAGACAUAUUUUAUUUAUUCCAGAACUUUGAUUUAUUGAAUCAGGCUCUGAUCAAAAAUGCUACUAUGAAUGACUUCUCUGAACGUGAUCUGAGAGAGUAUGUUAUCACCAAAGCUCAUUUCAUGGAUGUUUUGAAUACACAGUACAACAAGGUUAAUAAUAUCACUGAGUUUUCACCAUCACAGAUCAAUCUGCUUUUUUCGAUAGUGGCGAACUCUAAAAUGAAUAACAGACUAAAAGAACUGCAUUUACAUCAUCAAGAUAACAGCAUCGAGAAGUUCAUUCAAAAUGACUACGCUCACGGGAUAAGUGGAUCUGAAAAACAGCUGGAAUUCUUCAACACAAACUAUCAAGAGCUGGCUGGCACAUUCGAUCAGGACUCCACGUUGAAAAAACUAUCUCAGGCAUCUACCGGACUAUUUGAACUUUUCUUGGCUAAAACUGACAAGGCCACUAUAGCUUCCAAUCUGACAACAGAGGAUUUUAUGAAAAUUUUGAACCCAAAUUAUCUAAAUGAUAUCGUGCAUCAAAUGGAGCUUCGCAAAAUUCAAGAGUCAUCACUGUACACCAAUUAUUACUUUUAUCCAAUAUUUGACUCGCUCUAUAACUUCUCUCUGGGGUCGAUCGCUGGAUGUAUUGGCGCUACUAUAGUUUAUCCUAUCGAUCUGGUUAAGACUAGGUUGCAAGCCCAGAGAUCAUCGUCGCAAUACAAAAAUUCUAUUGACUGUUUUACAAAAAUCUUAUCUCGCGAGGGUAUUAAAGGUCUAUAUUCUGGUCUGGGCCCUCAAUUGAUGGGUGUAGCACCCGAGAAGGCCAUUAAACUGGCAGUCAAUGAUCUCAUGAGAAAAACUUUGACCGACAAGAAUGGGAAAUUAAGUCUUCCUGCUGAGAUUGCUUCGGGGGCUUGUGCUGGGGCUUGCCAGGUCCUCUUCACAAAUCCACUGGAAGUUGUCAAAAUUAGAUUGCAGGUCAGAUCAGAGUAUGCCACUGAAAACUUGGCUCAAGCUCAGAUAACGGCAACAGGGAUCAUUAAAAGACUUGGCUUACGUGGGUUGUACAGAGGGGUUACUGCAUGUUUAAUGAGGGACGUGCCGUUUUCGGCCAUUUAUUUCCCGACUUAUGCUCAUAUCAAGCGUGAUCUUUUCAACUUCGAUCCUCAAGAUGAAUCCAAACGUAGUAGAUUGAAGACUUGGGAAUUGCUGCUAUCUGGUGGGCUGGCUGGGAUGCCUGCUGCUUAUUUGACCACUCCCUGCGAUGUGAUAAAAACUAGAUUACAAAUCGACCCUAGGAGAGGAGAGACCCACUAUAAAGGUAUCCUACAUGCUGCACGUACAAUUUUGAAAGAGGAAAGCUUCAGAAGUUUCUUUCGAGGAGGAGGAGCUCGCGUUUUAAGAAGUUCCCCCCAAUUUGGUUUCACUUUAGCGGCCUAUGAGUUAUUCAAAAACUUGUAUCCUCUUCCCAACGAAGAGAAGUUAGCAAAUAAAGACGUUGAUGAAACACCAACCGUUACCAACUCAUUUACGACAUUUUUCAGCGACCUAAGCUCUUCAUCAAAAUCAAACAAGCAUGCUCCUCCUCAACCGAAAUUCUUCAGCCCGACAGUCGAUCCUUACAGCAGUAACUACUUGAACUACUAUUAUAAGAGCUGUCAAGUAGCCAAGGUAUUCAUGGACCUGGACAAUAAUUUCUCGAGGUUCGAUUUUACCGUCUACAGUAAUUUCCAUGACUAUUUAAAGAAAAUUGAACUUGAUGGAAAGUGA